CCGUGGGCGAGCUCUCAGCCCCAUGGCCGCUGUCCUCUGGCAGGCGGCGCUGGGCUGCCGUGCGGCGCAGGUGCUGAUGCAGUACUGCAUCCUGGCCAACCACUACUGGUUCCUGGUGGAAGCCGUCUACCUCUACAAACUGCUGAUCGGUGCCGUCUUCUCCGAGAAGAAUUACUACAGGCUCUACCUGUACCUGGGCUGGGGGACCCCCGUGGUGUUCGUGGUGCCCUGGAUGGCUGCCAAGUACCUGAAGGAGAACGCGGAGUGCUGGGCGCUGAACGAGAACAUGGCUUACUGGUGGAUCAUCCGCAUCCCCAUCCUGCUCGCCUCCCUGAUCAACCUGCUGAUCUUCAUGCGGAUCCUCAAGGUGAUCCUGGCCAAGCUGCGCGCCAACCAGAAGGGCUACGCCGACUACAAGCUGCGGCUGGCCAAAGCCACGCUGACGCUCAUCCCCCUCUUUGGGAUCCACGAAGUUGUCUUCAUCUUUGCCACCGAUGAGCAAACCACGGGCAUCCUGCGCUACGUCAAGGUGUUCUUCACCCUCUUCCUCAACUCCUUCCAGGGCUUCCUGGUGGCCGUGCUGUAUUGCUUUGCCAACAAGGAGGUCAAGUCUGAGAUGAAGAAGAAGUGGCAGCUCUGGAAGCUGGACCACCCGGCGCUCUGCUGCACGCAGUGAGGGGCCCCGGGCGGAGGCUCAGACGCCGCCAGCCCCUCGUGCUCGUGCAGAGCGGGUGAGCGGUGCGAGGAGCCGAGCCUGCCACUCCCCGACCCCACGCCAUCACCUACCUCUGCUGGCACCACCAGACGAUGCCGGCCGCAGGAGAGGCCCAGCUGAAGCAGGAUGCCGGCUCCUGCUGGGAGCAGGAUGGAUGCCGGGCCCUGCAGGGCUGGCGCUGCUCCAGUCCAGGGCAUCCGCUCCUUGCCUAAGCAAGGGCCCUCGCCGCCGCCCCGAGACACCUGCCCUGGAGUCAUCCUGCAAAGCUCGUCACCUCCUCACCGCCCGCCGCAGGCCAUGGCAUCGGCACCUGCCUCCCUCCUCGCUGCUCUCCAGCCGCCCCCUUCCUCUUCUCUGCAGCCUCCUCCCGCGGCAGAGCCCCCAUGGAGCCCCCCGGCAGCCGAGCAGCACGCACGCAGCUUAGCGCAGCGCUUGAGCACUCGGACUUGGUUUAUCCUGCCCCGUAGGAAGGGCAGCGCCGCUUCCCUGGUGGGGCUGGGGAAAACCACUGCAGGGGAGAGCAAAGGACUCGGACCC